AUGAAUCUACAUAAGAAGGCACCUGAGCAUUUCCCAGGUGGAGAUCAGCAUUGCUUCGAGUGGGUGGUACACGAAGGACACGAUGACGAUACUUAUGGCAUUUUUGACUUGUGUCCUAUGAUCACAGACGACGAAACCGAGGGAUUCGAGGAAUGCUCCGCGUACUGUUGUCAAAGGCAGAUUGAUGAGGCACAGAGACGAUUCCAGGCAAUUCCCCUUACCAGAACCAGUGAGAGUGAGGAGGACUACCUUGCAGCCUGGGCUCCAUUGCCAGCGGAUCCAGCACGAGAGCAAGCACGCUUUGCUUUGGUAGCGGCGAUCAAGCACCACACAAGCAAAUGUCUCCUAGCGUCCAUGGCCGGGAACGGAUAUACCAACGAUAUGAGACGACAGAAUGGGGAGGCAGUGCAGCCUCCACACCCGCUCGUCAUACCGAAGCUGCCCAGCGUUGACCGCGCGGCCGAACUGUCCGCUCAUAAGAUCGUGGACGAUUGGGUGAAUUCCGUUGUGUAUUCCAGGGAGCAGAGUCUUAAUCGACAAGCAGGAGCACAGCAGCAACCAUGGUCGGGAUAUUGGCCACUCUCAGCGCAGAAGCCACCCGGCAUGACGCCAACCGCUGGCACGUCUGCAUCAGCAACACCAGGCUGGGGCAAGGGUCUGCAUACCCCGGCACUGAACUCAACGACUCCUGGGGCGGGUGGGCCUACCUCUGAAGGCGCAGGAGCCCAGGACAAGGGACAGCAAUUACGAUGGCAGCUCGAGAACUUGCGGCAAACUAGAGACUAUCUGGACUUAGCCCUCCUUCGUCUCAAGAACGAACCAUUGCUCCGCGACUAG